AUGUCGGCUAUCGGCCAACUUAUUGGAUACUUCAUUGGGUCACUGGAUACAGUUAGCAUUUUUGGUACCAUAAUUGGUGACACGCAGUUCAAGCAAAUGACGGUCAUUGCUGCACUCUCCCUGAUCGGAGCGGUCAUGGUCACAUCAUAUUCCGUCAAGGAAAGAGUUCUGAUCACUGCCAGAGACUCGGAUGGUCAGGCUGGAGCUCUCCAGGUGCUUUCCCAGCUCUUCAAGACGACGAUGGACCUGCCUCCUCGGAUCCAAGCCAUCUGUUGGGCCCAAUUCUGGGCCUGGAUUGGCUGGUUCCCCUUUCUGUUUUACAGCACGACUUGGGUCGGGGAAACCUAUUUUCGAUACGAGGUGUCCAAAGACGAAAUCCAACAAAGCGACAUGCUGGGAGAGGUGGGCCGUGUUGGUAGUCUGUCUUUGGUGGUUUUCUCAUCUGUAACCUUCAUCGGCUCGGUUCUCCUACCGUUCUGCGUCCAACCGCCGGAUAGCAAACGACUUCGGUUUACUCCACGGCCCCCGCCGGGCAUGGCUGCGAUGCUUACCAAAAUAACUUCAGUCCGGCCAGACCUGCAGACGACCUGGUUAAUUUCGCACAUCAUAUUCGCCGCCACGAUGAUUUUCGCGCCACUGGCCCGAUCGCGCGCCGUCGCCACCUUACUCGUGGCCGUCUGCGGUGUCCCCUGGGCAGUCAGCUGCUGGGCCCCAUUCACCUUCAUGGGCGUGGAGAUCAACAAGCUCGCCACGGGCGCCUCUCAGCCCUCCCGUUCCGGAGUAACCAUGAUUACCUCCGCCAGCGUUCGCUCCGGCGCUUACGACCCGAACGGCGAGACCGAAAUGGAAACGCUCCGACUCAACCACCACGAUCCCGACAGCGACAGCGAUGUCGAAGACGGCGCCUCGAACGCACCCUCCACCGGCGAACUGGCCGGCAUCUACCUCGGCGUGCUGAACGUGUACACCACCCUCCCCCAAUUCGUCGGCACCUUCAUCAGCUGGAUCGUUUUCAGUAUCUUCGAACCGGCCAGCACCAAGCGCGAUGAAUCGGCGUCCGAGACGCAGUGGAUGGAUCUCGACCAGAACUCCCCCAACGCUAUCUCCAUCUGUCUAUUCAUCGGUGCCUUGAGCGCCAUCAUAGCCGUGGAAGCGACCCGCCGACUACGCUACGUUCUAUAG